AUGGAGCCCAUAGUUGUUGCCCGUCACGAAGAUCACAACAUCACUUUGCCGUCUGGUGAGACGUUCCACGUUGUGCUGUUUGGCGGCAGCGAUGCGGAGUACCGCGAGCGCGGCGAGACUCCCCCGCCGGUGGUGUUCUGCGUGCACGGGGCGGGGAUGAGCAGCGCGAGUUUUUUCCUCCUCGCCACGCACCUCGCGGAGGCGGACGGGGCGAACGGCGUCGUCCGCGUGGCGGCGUACGACAUGCGCUGCCACGGCGACUCGACAUUUGGCGGCGGCGAGGCGGGACUCACGCGGGGCGUUUUGGUCGACGACUUCCGCGCCCUCCUCGCGGCCGCCCGCGCGACGCUCUUCGCCGACACGCCGCGGCUGUACGUCGCCGGCCACUCCCUCGGCGGCUCCGUCGUUGUGCACGCGCUGCGGGACGGCGGCGUCGACGGCAUCGCCGGCGUUGUGCUGCUCGACAUCGCGGAGGGCACCGCCGCCGGAUCACUGCGGCACAUGGACGCGUUUCUGCGCGACCGGCCAACGAGAUUUAACGACGUCAACGCAGCAGCGCAGUGGUUUCUGCAGCGCGGCGGAAUGCGAUCACCAGCGGCAGCCGCCAUCACAGUUCCACCCCUCCUCAAACUCGUAGAAGACGGACACCUUGAGUGGAAGUCUGAUCUCGCCGCCAUGUCGUCUGUAUGGUCCGACUGGUUCGAAGGGUUAGAUGACGCAUUUGUUAGUUUACCAUGCCCAAAACUUCUCUGUCUUGCUAACACAGAGAGAUUAGAUGUGGCACUCACCGUAGCCCAAAUGCAGGGGAAGUUUCAGUUAGAAGUGCUCGGUAACGGUUGUGGGCAUUAUGUCAUGGAUGAUCAGCCUGCUGCUUUGGCAGCAAAGUUGCGUCGUUUUAUUAAACGCAUCGAAACUAUGUCAGAGAUACUUCGUCUUAAUACCAAGAAACCACUCUCAACAAACCAAGCAAAGACACCCUCAGAUGAAGCUACGGCCGCAAAAGAAGUUUCGAAACCAUAG